GGAAAACGAAAACACAAGGAGGGGAACAGCUGAUGGAUCAAAAUAACAACGGCAGAAAAAGAAAAACACAAAUUAACUGCACGUUUGUUAUGAGGGGAAAAAACCAAACAAUUUUGCAAAAUUGGAAAACACAAAAGGUUUGGUGUCCACUUAGGUGGUUAAUCCUCCUGGAACGUCCCACACAACAACCAACCUCACACAAUAUAAAAAACUAGAAAUUUCGGGAACACAGCAAAAACACGUCUACUUCACACGAAUGUAACUUUAAUGUCGGAUGAGAGACCCCCCUUUUGAUGAGGACCAUGGCAAACGAAAUAAGGACUACGAAUUAAGGGCAUGCACCUGGAAUAUCCGGUCUCUUAAUUGGGAAGAUGCCGCUGCCCAUCUGGUUGAUGUCCUCGUGAAAAUAAAGGCUGACGUCACCGCCGUCCAAGAAAUGCGAUGGACGGGACAAGAACAGAGACAAGUAGGUCCUUGUGGCAUUUACUACAGUGGCCAUAUAAAGGAGUGCAAGUUUGGAGUUGGAUUCGUGGUGGGAGAGAGACUCCGUCGCCGAGUAUUCUCAUUCACUCCAGAGAAUGAACGUCUAGAUACAAUCCACAUCAAAGCGAGGUUCUUCAACAUAUCGCUGAUUUGCGCCCACGCCCCAACGGAAGAGAAGGACGAUGUGACCAAAGAUGCCUGUUAUGAGUGCUUGGAACGCACUUAUGAGAGCUGCCCCCAACACGAUGUCAAAAUCGUGCUUGGCGACUUCAACGCCAGGGUGGGCAAAGAAGGUAUCUUUGGCACUACGGUCGGUAAAUUCAGCCUCCACGAGGAAACAACCCCAAAUGGGUUGAGGCUGAUCGACUUCGCCGGGGCCCGAAAUAUUAUUAUUUUUAGUACUAGAUUUCAGCAUAAGAAGAUUCAUCAAGCUACCUGGCGGUCUCCGGAUCGAAAAACCACCAACCACAUCGAUCAUUUUGUGAUAGACGUAGGACACGUCUCCAGUGUUUUAGAUGUGCGUGUGCUCCGAGGUCCUAACAUCGACUCAGACCACUAUAUUGUUGCAGCCAAGAAUCGCACCCGCCUCUGUGCAGCAAAAAACGCACUCAAACAAACAAAAGGAAGGUUCGACUUCGAGAAGCUGCAAUCACAACGGACAGCCGAACGAUUUUCUACUCGGCUUGCACCCCAGCUGUCUGAGAGCACUCGUUAACAACUCGGUAGAAACAAACUGUGGGACAGCAAUUCAAACUCCUUACGUACUGCUGCAACCGACACCAUUGGUUUUUGGAAAAUGUAAAAGAACAACUGGCGCGAGGAGAAGUGCCGUGUUGUAGCGGAAAGAAAACAGGCUGCCUACCUCGCAACGUUGCGUUCGACCACAACAAGCGCGGAUGGGAUAGAUACCGAGAGUUGAAAAGGGAAGCGAGACGCAUUUGCAGACAGAAAAAGAAAGAGGCCGAAAUGCGUGAGUACGAAAAAACUUGAUCAACUGUCCGACUGUGGUAAUGCUCGAAAAUUCGAUUGGAAUUUAAAUGUGCUAUGCUCAAUCCAUAAAAAAGGAGACCCCACCAUCUGCGCAAGCUACCGUCGGAUAAGCCUCCUCAACAUCGCAUUUAAGGUUCUAUCGAGCGUAUUGUGCGAAAGAUUAAAGCCCACCGUCAACAAACUAAUUGGACCUUAUCAGUGUGACUUAAGACUUGUCAAAUCAACAACCGACCAGAUAUUCACCAUGCGCCAAAUCUUGGAAAAGACCUGUGAAAGGAGAAUCGACACACACCACCUCUUCGUCGAUUUCAAAGCUGCUUUCGACAGCACGAAAAGGAGCUGCCUUUAUGCUGCGACGUCCGAAUUUGUAUCACCGCAAAACUUAUACGGCUAUGUAGGCUGACGUUGAGCAACACCAAAAGCUCCGUCAGAAUCGGGAAAAGGACCUCUCCAAGCCGUUCGAUACCAAACGAGGUUUAAGACAAAGCGAUUUCCUAUCGUGCGACUUUUUCAACCUACUUCUGGAGAAAAUAGUUCGAGCUACAGAACUAAAUAGAGAAGGUACCAUCUUCUAUAAGAGUGUACUACUGCUUUCUCCAGACUGGACAAAGAAGCAAAACAAAUGGUGCUGGUA